UACUAUAUUUUAAAAAACUAAAAAAAAUUAACCCGUUGGCUGCCAUCAACGGUGCUAGGCGUCCAUUACAUGCUAAAUGGAUUGAAUGAAUGUUCAUUGGCUCCUUCCAUUCAAAAUGGAUGUGGGCAACAUGACAUAAAUUGAAUGUCUUUAGUUUUCAAUAGCUGCCAUUAGGUUUAUAAAACAUUUAGUUAAAAAAACAACUCACUAUUAAUGUAAUACUCGGAAUUCCAAGGUUCCUUGAAUGUCGCGUUUUGAGUUUGCACUAUGACGACACACUGAUGUCCGAAUGUAAACCGACACCGCUUCCUGGUACGGAGCGGACUUUUUUUUAUUAUAGUGGAUGCAUGAGAGCAAGAAACGCGAAGAAUUGGAUUGCAGGAGGAAUUCAUUCGUCCAUUCACGUCAGUAGUCAUGUCAGCUGAGAGGAAAGCAGCACCGUCUUCGUCAAGGGUGAUCUUCGUGGUCUUUAUCCUCCUGCUGCUGGACCUUCUCGGGUUCACCCUCAUCCUGCCGCUGCUGCCCUCCAUCCUGGACCACUACGCGCAUACUGAGGAUGCCGUCUAUCAGACACUCCAGAGCUCCGUGGACGUCUUCAGAGAGGCCCUCGGUAUUCCUAUGGAAAAGAAGUUUAACAGUGUCCUGUUCGGAGGUUUGAUGGGCUCCGUUUUUUCCCUGCUGCAGUUCCUCGCUUCUCCCAUCACUGGAGCUUUGUCGGAUCGCUACGGCAGGCGACCUUUACUUCUACUUACUACAGUGGGAAUCGCGUGCGGCUACGUUGUGUGGGCUCUGUCCCGGAGCUUCGCCAUGUUUCUUUUGUUCCGGGUGAUGGCCGGCGUUUUCAAAGGCAACGUCAGCCUCUGCACCGCCAUUGUGGCCGAUUUGGCCGACCCCAAAGCUCGGAACCGCGGGAUGGCUGCCAUUGGCGUGGCAUUCUCUGUGGGCUUCACGGCGGGACCUCUGAUGGGGGCCUACUUGUCAAGCGGCUCGCAGAGCACCAGACACCUCUUCUUCCAGACGCCGGCGUUGCUGAGCUUGGCUUUCAGCGUGGCCGACCUCCUUUUCAUUUGGCUCAUGCUUCCCGAAACACUCAGCAUGAAUGCUAAGGUCAGCCCGAGAAAUGCAAGUCGGCGAUCAUCAUUCCAUUUAGUGUUUCUUCUUCCAUUCCAGGCUUCCCAUUCUGGCUUUGGGGACUUUAGAGAUCUGCUCAGUCCAUUGGCUUUGUUUAACUUCUCGGCCGUCACCAGAAGUAAAGCUCCGCCCUCAGAACAAAAAAUGCGGCGGCUGAAACUGUUAGGCCACGUUUACUUCUGCUACCUCUUCCUGUUCUCCGGCUUGGAGUUCACACUGAGUUUCCUCACGCACCAACGCUUCCACUUCACCAGCAUGCAGCAAGGGAAAAUGUUCUUCUUCAUCGGCGUGACCAUGGCAUCCAUCCAGGGCGGAUACGCACGGCGAAUCAAGCCUGGACAUCAUGUCAAAGCUGUCCGCAUGGCCAUCGCCGCACUCAUUCCAGCAUUUAUUCUCAUCGGAAUCUCGUGGAACGUCACUAUGCUUUAUGUGGGCUUGGCACUCUAUUCCUUUGCAGCGGCAGUCGUGGUCCCGUGCCUCUCCACGUUGGUCUCUGACCACGGUUCAGCUAGUCAGAAAGGAACAGUGAUGGGCAUCUUACGCAGUCUGGGCGCCUUGGCCAGAGCCCUGGGGCCUGUGACGUCAUCAUCCGUUUACUGGCUAGCCGGCGCACAGACGUGUUUCCUGGUCACGUCAGCCUCCUUUCUCGUCCCUUUAAUUCUGCUGAGCACAGCCUGAUGGCCAUGGGCGCCUCCCUCUUUACAUGUAUGCCUUUGGGAUGGAUGUUUGUGAGAGAGUUGGAAGCUUUUAUACUUUUAUAUAUAUAUUUUUUUGUUUGUGUCACUUUUAAUUCUUUGACAGCAAUAGACAUACAAUCCAUUUGAAGUGCAAGGGCGAAUGAACAAAUGUAAACCGCAUUCACUGCUAGCCCUUCCACUUCACAUGGAUUGGACGUCUAGUAGUGAUAAACUCAUUUAAAGAGUUUGAAUUUACAUUUUAAGAGCCACAUGACUGGCCGUCUGUCAUCGUCAAUGGCACUGAAUAAAUCAUUGACAUUUAAUUUCAUUACAAUACAUCGUUGUUAUGUUUCAACAACAUUCACAUUCGGGUUUCAGAAUGAACCGUUUUGAUUGGUUUGAACCAUGGCGUAGGUUUGGUCUCAAUAUUGGUAGGGACGAUAUAACAGCAUAAACUGCAUGUACACUUUUUGCUGGAGAUGGGUCAUUAAUAAGAUCAAAUAGAUUGGGUGAACGCGGGUCAGGGCUACACUUCUCACCAAUAUGAACCUAAUUAAUUGAUAGGCUAAAUGAUUAAUGUAAAAUAAAUCUGUAUUGAUUUAUACUAACUUUCACACUGCAAAUUUACAGUAUAACUUCUUAAUCUGAUAUUUUUUCUUAAAUCUAGUUGAAAUAUUUUCUCCAUCUUGUUUUGAGUGUUAAAAGCUAGUUAACAGAUUAAUGCGUCAGAUUCUUUCACCAACUUUAAGUAAAUAUUACUACGUAUUUGUUCUUAUUAAGCCCAUACAUCUAAAUGUUGGUCAUUUUUCACCUAAACCAAGAUAAAAAUGCUUUCAAAUGAUGUUUUCAACAAUAGCUAUUUUUGAAUGAAGAACAUUUCUGACAAACAAGUUUUUUAAAAAGUAUUAAAUACACACUUUUUGCUUAAAAUAAGUCUGUUAAGCUUAUUUUCAGCUAGCUAUUUUAUUUCAACAAAUCUAAGUGAGUAAAAUUUCUUGAAGCACUAGCAGAUAAGCAGUGUACAUGUAUUUGGUUUAGGUGGUACACCGUUCAAUUCAAACCUUUGUUUUCAAAAACUACCAAAGACACAUUUUGAAAACUUCCAGAAUAAGUGUCUGGAUUUUAAAAGCAAAUUUAAAUUGCAAUAUUCGAACACAAAUUAUAUUAACAAUCAUACACAAGAAAUACAAACUUGUUAAUCAUCUUUUAACUAUCCAGAAACGCAAAAAAUAAACUGUUCUGUGCAUGCGCGUAAUGUUAAAAAGUGCUGCGAAUAGGGAUGGGAAUCGAAAUCCAAUUCCGAACCGGUUCCUUGUGUUUCGAGGCCUCGACAUCACAAUGAAAAAGCCUGAACGAUCCCUUUAACAAUUCCUAAAGACGCAUAUUGUGUCGUGACGUGUCUUGUUGUCCAGACACAUCAAACUAGCAUGGCGCCAAGAACCACCCGCUCCAAAGUUUGGCUAGACUUCACCAGGAAAGAGGGUGAAAAUGAAAGGUUACGAUGGUUUAGCACGAACAUUGCAGCCGUAAACAUAACAAUGACAGCACGUAGGUUCAAACGCUCGAAAGAGUGUCUUCACUUCACAAGGAAAAAUUACAACCAAACGACUUGCAGUCUUGCAAGGUGGAGAUAACUGCAUCGGGAGGGAAGGUGGAGAAAACUGCUUUGGGAGUGGAUACGACUAGUGAUGGGUGCAGUGAUAGUAACGUGCCGGCGCGCGCGCCGAGCUCAUGGAGCAACCCCUGCAUCGGUGCGCGUAUCGCUGUAGGAAAAUCACAUGACGAUGCAUGAACUCAUUGAACUGUGUCGACACAGUCAUGACGCGGCUAACUGGUUCAAAAGGAAGCGUGUCUGUCAACGCGAUGGAGCUGCUGAAACAAUCCACAUCUCACGGUUACUUCCUCGUUGUCUACAUGCUUAGGAAAUGGACGUAACACAGGGAAAACACACUUGUCAUCUUCCAUUUAAAAUACAAUUGAUUUUAAGGUAACUCUUAGUUUAUUAGUGUUACGGUUACACGCAGGUCCGUCGUUUGCGGUGCGUGGAAAUGUCCCUUUUGAUGGCUUCAAGGAACUAAACUGUAUUUAACCUGCUAACAUAGUGGUCAGAGCACUCACUUUUCGUCCGCGACGAGUUGGGCGCGCGGGUACGAGUCCUGGUCUGACUGUGUUAAACGGAUUGCGUCGCACGGCGCGGCUCUAAGAAUAUCGGAUAUGUUAUUAUUAACAUUAUUUUUUUUGCAGGCGAAACUUCGCAUUUGUACUUUCAACCAGGGCCGGCCCAGCCUAUACGCAGACUAUGCAGCUGCUUAGGGCCCCUGACCACUAAGGGGCCCCCAAUCUGGCAAUUGUUUAAUUUAUAUUCUAUUUUGUUUACUACAGUUUGCUUUAUUCGACUUUUGUGAGUUUUGAUACUUGAUUACAAGCCUAAAAAAAAAAAAAGUUCUUAACUUCUUUCUUUCCUCUUUUAGAAAAAGGUUUGGCGCUAUCUACUGUAAGUACUGACAAUCAUUUGGGGUGAGAAGUUUGAAGUAUGCUGUGCAACAAAAUCUGAUUAAUAUACAAAAUAUAGACGUAUGGCUUGGAUUGCAUGUAUGAGUUUUACAGUACACUGUGAGGAAAUGGUGGGCCAAAAAUAUGGGCCCCUUUGCAUUAUUUUGCUUAGGGCCCCCAAAUGGCCCUGCUUUCAACCUGUCAUAUUCAAACAGUAGCCACCUCCUCAAUGCUGAAGCAUUAUUGGACCAAGCAUGAGAAUGAAGUUUCUGAUAAUCCCAAGAUAAACACAGGUAUAGACCCAUUCCUUUACUUUCUCACAGUAGCUUUUUUUUGGUAAUUUAUUAGAAAUCGGUAAUUAAGCUAUAAUUUAUUUACUGUCCACUUCAAUUUUUUUCUGAUGGGCUAUGGUAGCACUUAGAUGAUGAAGUGGGGAGUCAAUGAGACAAUGCAACUGUAGAUGAAAUUGCAAAAGUGCAACGACACAUGGCUGAGCCCAACAUUGCACGCAAUGCAGAUUUUCUUCAAUACCGGAGGAGCCAAAGGACAACCUAUCCAAACCUCUUUCAACUGGCUAAGAAAUUCUUGAGCAUGCUGGCAUCGUUGGUUCCAUGCGAGUGUGUGUUGUCCACAGCAGGUGAAAUUGAAAUAAAUAAAAAGGAACCAACUUAAUAUUUAACAUAAAAAAAACUAUGUUUUUGAAUAAAAUUUACAAAAGUCCUCAAGCAUCCUCAUUCAUUAUUACUUACAUUUUCACAUGAUAAUAUAUGUGUUCACAUAAUUUAAAGAUAUGGAAUAAUGCAAUAUGAAUGCAAAGACUUAAAUGAUUUGAUUUUACAUACUAUGUCUCAAUUCAGUGUCAAUCUGUCAAGUGGGUUGCCUGUAGGGAUUUUUUAUGUCCAGCAGGUGUCACUGUUCAAUGACACAGUAUCCACACUGCGUCAACACAAUGUGUCACUGUGUCGACACGCUUCAAGAUGUCUCACGGACCCAUCACUAGAUACGACUGCACUGUCCUCACCGAGACGCUAACGCAGGGGUGUCCAAACUUUUUGCAAAGGGGGCCAGAUUUGGUGCGGU